AUGUUUGUGAAGAGCUCCUCCUCCUCCUCCUCCUCUUCUUUGAGCUGCAAUCUUGGCCAACUACAGGAGAACGAAGAGGAGAAAAACAUGACCAUAAACACAGUACCAGCACGCCACAGCAGGAUGACUGUGACACGAGUGGAGGAAUUCAUCAGAAAUCCUCCAGCCAGUUUCUCUGUGGACUAUCUCGGUUCAGGAUACCGCGUGCGCAGCGAUCCGGAGCGCAGCCUGGUUCUGAUCGGUGACGUGGACACGCGCAGAGGGAGAAUAGUUUUCCAACACUCGCUGGGAAGGAAGGUCAAAGUGCGCGAUCUGUGGGAGUACACGCGUGUCAGAAAGAGUUUGCUGUCAAAGAAGAUCUAUCUGCUGUCUGCCUGUGAAGAAACAUCUUCAACCAACUAUGAAAAGUCAGAUAGAAGCACCAGAGUUCUGAAGCAGUACGUGGUGUCGAUUGACGGUAACGACCCCUUCAUCAGGUGGCAGAUCCAGAGAGGGCUGGACUGGACCAUCUCCUCUGUCGCCGGGGAAAGCUACAGGGUGGACAUUGAUUUGACGGAAGCCCUGGAAAGCUGGGCGUCAGAAAACCUCUGCCGCAACCGGAUGAAGGUUAAACACGUGUGGAGAGAUGCCUCUUUCACCCUCAAGUACAUCUCUGAUGCCAUGUUUGAUUUCCCACACUGGUUUGGUUUCAGCAAAAGAAAAUUUAAGUUGCGGGUGAGUUGAUUCGGCAGUGUACGGCACGAGGUAAACGUGAGAAUGAAUUACUCAAAGUAUGCAAGAAGAGUUUCUUGAUGAACACAUCAAGGGUUACAAUACAAUCUGCCAAAUGAAGUAUACUUAGUCAGAUGGGCUGAUUUGACUAUAUCAUAGGUGGCUCGAGGUUGAUGGGGUGGACUGCCCCCCCCCCCCAAGAAUUUCAGCAGGGUAACCUCCUCCAUAGAUCUAACAAAUGUCAAUCAAAAUGUUGUCAGGCUCAGUUUCUCACAUUUUCUGUCUGAUCAAGUCCUAUAGCACACAAAAGGUGUUGUUUCUGCACUGCACUGGGAUCAGCUGAGCACGUUAAUCCCACUCGCAUAACACAAGAUAUACUGUAUGUUUUUGUCUUCCGGUUACUCUGUUUGAUGUGGUGUCUAUGCUGUUUGUUGUUAGUUGUGCCAUUUUUCUAUGUUACCUGUGAGAUUUUCAUUUGUAUCCUGUCAAAGGGUAACUCAUGUUGAAUUUUAAACAACAAAUGCUGUUCUGAUUUCUCUUUUGUGUACUGUGUGUAUGACUUAACAACAUGUAUGUUGUAGGUACUUGAAAUAUACUUUAACAAUAAAUUCUGUCUUCCCACCUUUAAAUCAUUGUGCUCCUCGAAACCCCCACCUACUAACCCCACCAAGAAGAAAACAAACUAUGGAGCCUUCCUUGGACUGUAUGAGUGAACAAUAUCACAUUUAGGUCAGUUUAACCUCACAAUUUCCAGCUAUUAUAUGAAGUGUUAUAAUGGUGAAAUUUGUACUUUCAGCGUAAAUCAUUAUGUUUGACAAGAUUUUAUUGAAUUUUAGUUUUUGUAAAGCAAAUGUCAAUUACUUAUGUUCUUUUGUGAACACGUUAUGUGGCAUUAAGUUGUUAAUUCAACUUAAAAUGUGUCAAAUCUUGUUUUUCAGUAUUUGGCAUGUCCUGGGAUUCUGAGAAGAGUGGAUGUGAUGUUAGUAAUGAUUUGUUCUUUGUACUAGUACCUGUCAUACUGAUGCAGGUAGUUAAAGAUGCACACAAGGAACAGGCAGCACAAGAUCCAUUUUCCAAACAGGUGGCCAGAGGUGCAAAUAAUGCCAAUUAAUACGUACAAUAUUUAAAAAAAAAUUAAAUCAGGUGCUGGGUUGAGAAUGACCAAAAACAUCUAUGUCAUCACAAAUGACUGAAAGUUCAAGCAAUCUUUCUUUUGACUCAUGAAGCUCAGUGAGUUGGAAAAGAUUUUUGAUUUGAAAAUUUUCAGUAUGCAGGCUGCUAAACACAUUACAGAACUU